AGCAAUGAUGCUUAAAUAGAAAUGCAUCACUUUGCCUGAGGUAAAGAGGUGCAGAUGAGCCGGUGAGAGAAGGGAGGGAAAUAGAGGCCACAAUUAUGGCACAGAUUUCAGCUGUACUUUAUUUGUACGUCAACGUUUGUUGUAUUAUUUUGAGUAAUGUGGCCUUGGAAUAUUAUACUAAAGCACCAGAAGUUACAGCCAGAGGACAUUUUAUCAUUGGAGGAAUGUUCCCCCUCCAUCGAGGUGUUGACAGAUAUAACAGUUCCUUUGCUCCCCAGUCUCACAAGUGUGUACGGUUAUCAGUGGGGGACAUUGUACUAUUGCUGGCUAUGAUGAAUGCAAUUGAUUUGAUGAAUAAAUCUCCUUUCCUGAUGGAUCUGGACAUCACCCUGGGCUACCGGGUCCAUGACUCCUGCAGAGAUGUCAGCAUGGGUCUGAGAGCCACAGCUGACUUCAUUGAGCAGACCAAGUGUGGAACAGGACACGCGAGCUCUCCAUGUGAUCAACCAGUUGUGGCCAUUUUGGGCUCGUCCUUUUCUGAAAUGUCGAUUGUUGUUGCCAGGCAUCUAGCCCUUGACAUGAUUCCUCAAAUCAGUUAUUCAUCAACAGCCGUGAUUCUGAGUGACAAGCUCCGCUUCCCCAGCUUCAUGAGGACGGUUCCUAAUGAUCAGCACCAGAUAGCCGCCAUGAUCCAAAUCAUCAAGCACCACGGUUGGAACUGGGUGGGAAUGGUCAUCACGGAUGGUGAUUACGGUCGCUCGGCACUUGAGCACUUUGCCGAUCAAGCCGCGAAAAGCGGAAUCUGUCUGGCAUUCAAAUGCAUCCUUCCGAACACCGGUACGGCUGAGGACUUAAACUACGCUUUCAGAAUGGCCGUCCAAACCAUCUAUCAAAAUCCGAAGGCGCAGGUCAUUGUGUCCUUUUCAAAGUCGUCUCACAUGAAAGACAUUUACCAGGAAAUGAGGAAUGAGGUUCUGAGAAAAGGGCAAAGCAUGGAGUCCAUGAGGAGAGUGUGGUUGGCCAGUGACAGCUGGUCCAUGGCGAGCUACGUGCAAGGAGACCUCAGCCUCGCGGAUAUAGGACAGGUCGUGGGCUUCAACUUCAAAACCAACAAAGCUUCAUCCUUCAACGAGUACCUGGACAGGCUGGAGGCGACCGGCUCCAACAACACAUCGAGCGACACCUUGCUGCAAGAAUUCACCAGGCUGACGAAUACCAGCGACCCUUCCGGAAACGCUGUGCUGCCAUCUCAAGCGGUGAAGACCAUCAGAGAAAACAUGAACCCGGCCACGGUCUCGAGUGUCGAAUUGGCUUUGGCCGCCGUAGCUCAAGCUAUAGCUUCUCUCUGCAGGAGCAGAGAUUGCAAAACUCCCGGCAACCUGCAACCCUGGGAGGUAUUGGAAGCACUUCGCGGAAAUGAAUUUGAUUGUAAUGGGAGGAAAUACACAUUUGACAACCAAGGUGACAUCAACCAAGGUUAUGAUGUUACCCUCUGGAGGUCAAUCGAAGGGAAAAUUGACGUCCAUGACAUCGUGGCUGAGUACAGCCCACAAGUCAGCAGCUUCACCCUAACGGACAGCAACUCCACGGGUCGUUUUCACGACUUGCAGCGAAUAGUAUCAAAAUGUUCCAAUAGCUGCAUGCCUGGGGAGUUCAAGAAAACAUCGGAGGGGCUACACACUUGUUGCUAUGAGUGCAUCAACUGUACGGAGAAUUACUACUCCAACGACACAGAUAUGGACGAAUGCAUGAGCUGCGAUAAAAAAACGGAGUGGUCCCCUCAGGGAAGCGCCACAUGCUUGCCGAAAACUGUCAUCUUCUUCACGUGGCAGGACCGCUUUGCCGUGGCGCUCCUGGCGUUCUCAGGUCUGGGCAUCCUGCUAGUACUGCUGGUGUCGGCACUGUUUCUCCAUAAGCGAGACACCCCUGUGGUGAGAGCCGCUGGAGGACCCCUGACUCAGGUCAUCCUGUACUCUUUGGUUGUAAGUUUCAUCAGCGUCGUGCUGUUUGUCGGCCGGCCUGGCUCCCUCCAGUGUAAAGUGCGACAAGUGCUCUUUGGCGUCAGCUUCACUGUGUGCGUGUCCUGCAUCCUGGUCAAAUCCCUGAAGAUCCUUCUGGCAUUCCAGUCGAAUAUCGAGAUACAAGGAGCGCUCCGGAAAGUCUACCAGUCCUACUUAAUUGUCGUUGCCUGUGUAGCGUUACAGGUUAUUAUUUGCAUCUGCUGGCUGGUCCUCAAGAGCCCUUAUAAACAUGUUGUUUUGCAGCCCAAAACUAUGUUGGAAUUCUGUCAUGAAGGAUCAUACGUGGCCUUUGGCGUGAUGCUAGGCUAUAUUGCACUUUUGGCUUUUGUUUGUUUCGUCUGUGCCUUCGUGGGGCGUAAAUUACCACAGCGGUACAAUGAGGCGAAAUUCAUUACCUUCAGCAUGCUGCUUUACCUCACCUCCUGGAUGAUUUUCGUCCCCAUCUACAUCACCGCUGAUGGAGUGUAUCUUCCGGCUGUGGAAAUGGUGGUCAUUCUCAUCUCCAAUUAUGGCAUCAUUGGCUGUCAUUUCCUCCCAAAGUGCUACAUAAUUCUUUUUCGGAAAGCCCAAAACACCAGCAGUGCUUUCAGGGAAAAGCUGUAUCAGUAUAAUGUCAAAAGUACAGAAUCGUUUUCUGUGUCUGGGACUUCAGUGUCAGAGAAACAUUUUAACAAUAAGGAGAGUGUCAGACAUUCCCCGUCUGAAAAGGACUUCGUCAAACCUGGUGCGGAGAAAAACUACAGCAACAGAGCUACUUUCAGAGUUUCGUACAGAGGGCAAAAUAAAGUCAGCGACCGAUGCAGUUCCCACAGAAGAAGCCUCAGCUUACCGGCUUUCCCGGACUAAAAACGAAAAACUGUCAAUCCAUUGUCUAGCUCAUGAGGGUGUUACAAGACAACACGAAUCUCUGUAAAUAUUAACCUUGUCAAAAGAUUGCUCCACUGGUGAGUUAUUUUUACAACAAGCGUGCGGGCUACUCAUGUGGUCCUGGGGGUCGGGGGGGGGGGGGGCUACCCGGUGGUGACCCCUGCUCUCUAAUUAUCCCUAUAACCCCGCACAAAAAUGAGCGAAUCACUCAAUUCUGAGGAAAACCAACAAAAUAACACUUCACGAUACGCCACUAGUACUUUGUUGCACCACCUCUGGCUUUGCUAACAGCUCUAAUUAGUGAUAAACAGAGCUCAAUCUGGCGCCAACUUUGUCAGCUUGCUUUUGCCAGAUCAAUUUUGCAGGUUGGAGCUUUGCUGUUGACCUUAUUUGUCUUUGUUUGGCUAGAUGCACACUCAACUUGAUCAUCCCCAAACGUCCAUUCAAUUGAUGGAAUAAGAAAAGUGUCUCAAACGUCAGUGACAAGUUAUGCUUCUAUUGAAGACGUAAUGGCAGACGUCCCCCCCCCCCCGUGCCUUUACCUGACAUGCAGCCCCUUAUGAUCAAUGACUGUGGGAAUGUUCACGUUUUCUUCCGACAGUCACCUUCAUAAAUCUCAUUGGAACGGCAUUAAACAAAUGUUUCAGCGUCAUUACCUUGCCCAAUGCAGAAUCGCAAUUCAUCUACUGUCUACAAUUUCUUUUCCUUAGCCCACUGUGCAUUUGGUUGUUUUUUUUCCCUGUUUAGGUGUUAUUAUUGAUGGCUUUCGUUUAGCUUUUCUGGAUAUACCGGUAAAUCCCAUUUCCUUGAGUUUGGUUUUUUUAAAUGGCUAGACGCUUUGAUGUCUUAAGAUAAGAUAAGAUAACCUUUAUUUGUCCCACACUGAGGAAACUACCUUGGUCUACAGUACCAGAGUGCUUGCCUUUGACAAACUUCCCCGGUUGUUUGUACUUGUUUUGGAUUUUAGACACAGGUGGCCGUGAACAAUCACCUUGUGCAGCAUCGCGUGAUGGUUUACCUUCUUUCGAAAGUUUGGUAAUCCUCCCUUUUGUUUUAAUUGAACCAUGAUUCAUGUCAGUCUACUUGGUGCAACAGCUCUCCGAGGUAUACUCACUAGUGUUUAAUUGCAGACUUGCAAGCAGUUCCAAUCUGAUAUAGCUAUUAGUUUUGGGAAUGGAAAUUUACAGGGUGAUUCCGGUUUUUUUUCUUUAGAAUUGAAUGAUUCCAUAAUAUUUUGACUUUGUUGAGUCUAAAUAAUGUAACUACUGCAUUUUUUUCUUGAUAUUUUUUUUGUCUUUCUUUGAACCCGUUAAGUUGCCAUUGAAAUGACUAGUUUUAUGUCAUGUCUGUGAUCUACUUUUUUAAUACAAAUUGAAACAACUAAAUGAACAUCCUCUGAAAUUAAUGAUUCUGUAUUUUUUUUUUUACCAUGAAUAUUAUGAACAUUUUUUUGCCAGGGGUUUUAGGUGUGACUGUGAACAUGUGUUUGUCUCAAUGUAUCCUGUGAUUGACUGGAGAUAGAGAAAAUGGAUAGCUAUAUUGUAUAUCCAAUGCCCAAUAAUCUUGAAAACACAAGAACACAGGUGAUGAGGUGUCAGUCUAGUGGUUCUCACAUGUGAUUUGGAUUAAGAAACUGCAGUCCUGAAUACCUUCAACAAAAAUGUUGACGUUGACUGGCAUUCAGGAAUGUGGACGAGCUAAGUCUGAACUCUUCAUCAUGGCACAAGUGUAACUAGAUCCUGUUCGCGCAAAAUGCAUAGUUGUUUAAUUAACAUGCUGGCACAGCUUUCAGAACGGCAGGUAAUGCAAAGGGACCUUUAUAAAAAACACAUAUUUUCGCUAUGUCCAACAACAAUGGAGUCCAGUUGAAAAAGGGUUGGCUUUCUUUGUUUGUGCUGAUGGCGCAUGUAAAGAGCAGCAUUGUACUGAGUGUAUCCUGCUUCACUUCCUCUAUUUAACCUCAGCUUAUGUAAUUCAUCAAACAUCUGAUUUAAGAGUUAACGGUCAACCUCUUUGCAUCGAAGAUAAUGAGGCUACAUAUUCAUGGCGCACUGUACUAUUACGAAAUCACCAACUACUUCAAGGAACUAUGAUGUACUGUGCAAUUAGGGCGUGUGCCGAUAUCGGGAACCCAUUAGAUUUCGGAGUGAAACUAGAUAAAGUUGUAGAUCUGUCAUCCCCGCUGUUUUUGCAAGGGCAUUCUUUGCAAUUUCUUUGUGAAUUGUUCAUUGCACAACGGAGGCCCACGAAAUAGGUGGGCGUCUGUGUACAAUUUUGGUGCUUAUCCAAAUUCGGGUCAUCAGUCUGUGCUCAGUGUCAAUUGUCGAGUAUGCGUGAGUUCAUUCAAAAUCCCAAAUCUCCACAAAAAAUAUUUAAGAUUUUUUUCUUUAAUUGAAAAAAAAGAUCAUCCACAAGAAUGCAAAUUCACAAGUGCCAAACCACGAGUACGUGUGGGUCAGGUGGAUUUUUGUCUCCCAAAACGAGUAAACCUCUGUUUAGCCAUGAACAGAAUUGAAGUAAUGCCCACCCACGCCGGUCAUAAAAUGUGUUAAAAUAAAUGAAACACAUGCUUGAAAUCCUCAGCCGGUCAUAGAAUUUGUUAAAAUAAAUGAAACACAUGCUUGAAAUCCUCAUCUCGGGUGAAAAAAAAGAUGAGGGAUUAAUUUAUAUGUGUCCAAUAUUUGUGCUCAUUAUUGUGUUUUUGAAGGACAUCCUUUUCGGUCACUUCUAUGAAACAAUCAGGAAACAGAAGUGGUGUCGACGCGUCAGGCAUGCCAUGUCGAUACCAUUAUUUAUUUUUAGAUGCGUGCAAGUGAUUUAAUCUUUUGACCUAUUUGUGUCCAUCAAGGCCACCUCGGUAUUUCCCACAGUCGGGAAAUCAGAUUAAAAGAUGAAUUAAUUCAAACAAUUACUGGUGUCAGAGCAAGAACAUAACAGCCUCAGGUGCGGCAUGUCAUCACGUUUCACGCACACAGAAAAGCCUCAACUGCAAACUUGUCAGUCCAGUUUUUGACAAAGACACGGCACAUUUGAGAGGCGGGGAGGUUGAAGAAAACGUUUUGUUCCUCGAUGAAUUCCAUCAAAUCAGUAUCAGUCAUUCUCCGUUUAUUACUGUGUCGAUGUCAAAAGAUACAUAUGGGAAAGUGGUGUUUUACCAAAAAAUUUAAAUAAUUAUAACAAAAAAAUCUCAGGGUCAAGAUUUAAGGGAUGCAAGCGGCUAAUUGCCCUAAAACCUGAACAGAUGUUCAUGUGAAGUUUUCUUGAAAAUGUAACUGAGCUGAAAUGGCUUGACGCGUCCUCUCUUUGUUAAGGAUUUCCAAAUACUUUAUCACAAUGAACAACUUGAUGGUGGUUUCCCAUAGUUCAUUAUACGGUCUAUUUGCGUAAGAAUCAUUUGUAAAAUGACGUACGUAAGUAUUGGGGUUUGGUUCUACAAGUCUUUAAGUAUUGGCCAAUGCAAAAUAUUUUAACAUUAUUUUUGUUUAGCUUUUAUAGACAGUGAACGCCCGCAUAUUCAUGGCUCAGCAUUGACAAAUUCACCUAUUAGUGUUAUUGGGGGUAGUGGGGUUAUCGUCCAUUAUUUACUGAGAAACUUGUCUAUUCCAUUAGAAUGGGGCCAGGACAAAGCAAUAAAAGUAUUAUUUUGGCAUUUUGGUGUUAUUGUCAAGUUUCAUUCGUUUGUUUGUUUCAUUUGUGGAUGAGAUGUCCACUGUUGUUGGCAGUCUUUAAAUGUACCAUAUAUGAAGGAACAGUGAAAGUGAAAGUCAAAGUUUGUGUUUGCUUCUCUCAUUUUGCAGCUGUUAGCCCCUGUAUUCGACUUAGAAUGGGCCUUAGCUAUUUGCCUGUAUUCCCUGACAUUAAUUAUUGUGUGUAAAUGCCAUAAAGUGAGUUUAAAGACAUACCAUUUUUUAAAAUAAAGUUCUAGUGUGCAUA